UUAUUCUUGUCGUCUCAAAAGCCUAACUUGUCUUAGUAACCUGAACCUUCCACAAAAAAGCUUGCCCAUAAACUCGAUCACUACCUGAAAUUGUUGUUAUCCAGCUCGCAUGAACAUGCAGAGAACUUUCAGCGUCCCCUUUAAUUUCAUGCGCAGUCUUGGCAGUUCACAUAAACUCAGUAGCUACCCGUCGCGCAUAUAUAAUAUAGGGAGGGGAGCUCAGGGCCAGGCACAACAGUGCUGAUACACCAUCGACCUCGCCACCAUGAGCAACGGCAAGGUGUACGCCACGGUAUUGCUCAUCAGGCUGAUCUACGCCGGAAUGCACAUACUCACCAAGGCGGCCUUCAACCAGGGCAUGAGCACCACGGUUUUCGUCUUCUACAGGCACGCCGUCGCCGCUAUCUUCUUGGUGCCUUUCGCGUUCUUCCUCGAGAUCAGGAAGCGACAAGCGCCACCUCUGAACUUCAAGCUCUCUCUCAAGAUCUUCGUUCACGCUUUCUACGGGAUGGCUGGAACCAUAAACUUGUACAGCAUUGGCCUGAAUUAUGCUUCGGCGACCUCUUCAUCGGCGAUCUUCAACAUUGUACCAGUGGUCGCCUUCAUCCUGGCCGUCAUGUUGAGGAUGGAGACCCUGAACCUGAGGACCGUCCAUGGCGUGGCCAAGGCCUCGGGGAUAUUCCUCUGCGUCGGCGGCGUCAUCGUGUUGGCGCUGUACCAGGGCCCCGAGCUCAAGUCCUUGAACCACCACCAGCUCCUCAACCACCACGCGAGCGCCGCCGCGGCGCACGCGCAAUCCAAGAAGGACUGGACGCUGGGGAUCUUCCUGAUGACAACGUCGGUCGUGAUAUGGUCUCUCUGGACGGUGCAGCAGGGUCCCUUGCUGCUGGAGUACCCUUCCAAGCUCCUGAACACGACGCUGCAGUGCGUCUUCGCGAGCGUCCAGUCGUUCGUCAUCGCCCUCGUCCUCGAGAGGGACUUCUCGCGGUGGAAGCUCGCCGGCGGCGUCAGCCUCGCCUCGGUGCUCUUCACUGGCAUCGUUGUCGCGGCGAUCUCGUACUACCUGCAGAUCUGGGUGAUCGAGAAGAAAGGGCCGGUGUUCCUGUCGAUGUCGAUGCCGCUGAGCCUCAUCUUCACCAUGGCCAUCGCCUCGUUCCUGCUGGGCGAGGACGUCAGCCUCGGAAGCAUUAUCGGCGGCGCGCUGCUCGUCGCCGGCCUCUACAACGUGCUGUGGGGCAAGAGCAGGGAGGAGCUGCAGGGGGCGCACGAGACGCGGAGCAGUGGCGGCGACGGGGACGGGGACGUGGAGAAGAAGGCGGCGAUGGCUGCGCGGCAGCCGGCGGCCGGGGAGGAGGCGGAUAAGCUCGGCGGGACGUGCGACGCAGCGGCCAGAGUCUGACGCGUGCGGAUCAUGCAACAUGCAUGCAUGCGAUCGGGUGAUUCUUGACCGUCGAUAUUUCAGGACCGGCGUGUCACCCCCAACGACCGGUGUUUGUGCGAUGACUGCAGAAAGGCUGCUGCUGCUGGAAAGCGAUUCUUCCAGCGCCACCUGUAUGUAGUAAUGUAGGCACCCACUAUUGUUUGUGUAUUGAGAUGUACAUCACUUGGAGUUCCUAAGUGAUGACUGAUGACAUAUUGAUGCAUAAGAGUGAACCUAGUUUACUACCUUUCUGAAAAGUUUUUUUUUUUUAUGUAAAUGAGAAUCUAAUUUAUUACUACU